UAGCCACCUAAACCCCUUCUUGAACCCCAACUUCUCUCUCUCUCUCUCUCCACCUCCAAUGGCCAAGAUGUCACCUGUCGCCGCCCUCAUGCCUUGUAUAGCCCGCUUAUCCUUUCUCUCCCUCGUCUUCUUCGUUUUCUUUUCCUCCUCCUUAGCGGAUUCAUCCGGCGGUGACGUCGCCUCCAUCCAGGAACUCCUCCGCGGCCACGGCCUCCCUGCGGGGCUCCUCCCCAAGUCCGUGGAGUCCUUCGUCCACGACUCCUCCUCCGGCCUCCUCGAGGUCCGGAUCGACCGCCCCUGUUACGCCCGUUACGACGACGGGCUCGCCUACUUCGAUCGCGAGGUGCGCGGCAACCUCAGCUACGGGGCGCUCCGCGGAGUGGUCGGCUGGUCGCAGGAGGAGCUCUUCCUGUGGCUCCCCGUCAAGGGGAUCGUAGUCACCGACCCGGCGUCGGGCGUCAUCCUCUUCGACAUCGGCCUCGCCCGCAAGCGACUCGCCCUCUCGACCUUCGAGGACCCGCCCGACUGCUUGCCGGAAGGAGAAGAAGCGUUGGCCGGUUUAGGGUUGUUUGGCAGAAGAGGAUACCAGCAGCAGAGAUAAUUAUCAGAGAACCAUAUUGAAGAUAUAUUCUAAAUUUUUCCUCCUUUUUCCUAAUCCUGUCUCCCCCUUCCUGAAACUUCUGGUGUGUUGUAAAUGGAAAAUGGAAUUUUAUGUUCUUAAUACAAUAUCAUUAUCUCUCUCCAUCUCUCUCAUCAGACACCUCCCAUCAAACAGUGAAAUACUUAUCUAUGUGCAAUAGGAAGUUCUGAGGUGAAUUGUAAGUUGUGCCAGGCUGCCAGCUCAAGAGUCUGUGGUGAGGGCCAUGUACAAUAGGAUUUGAACAUGCUUCUUGGCUGGCAUCAGCUGUCAAUUCUUUGGAAAUGGUCCAUAUCUUAUAAUAAUGGCACUUUGUCAUGUUGUUCA